CCCAGGCGGAGCUACGCUGAAGGGUGUCGACGGCGAGCGAGGAAGGGGACGAGGAGACGAGGAGGGGAGGCAGCGUUUUACAGGAGGAAUCAUAAUAAUCCUAAUAAUAUUUUUUAAUAACAAUAAUAAUAAUAUCGUGUAGCAGUGCGCGCACUUCAAAACAAUGGCGGCCAAAUCGGACGGGGUCCUCAAGAUAAAGAAAAGCGAUGUGGCUUUCACGCCUCUGCAGAACUCGGACCACUCGGGCUCCGUCCAGGGACUCAACCCGGGGUCCCAGCCCGACUCGGCAGGGACCGGGGACGGGGACUUCGUGAACGGGGAUUCGCGGUGCUGCGGCACGGGAGGCGCCGCGUCGACGUGCCUCCGCCUGGGCAGGGAGCAGCCCCAGAAGUACACCGUGUGGGACGGCCUGUGGGUGCUGGCCGCAGUGGCCGUGUACGUCGCCGAUGUGGGCACUGACAUUUGGCUGUCGGUCGACUAUUAUCUCAGACGCGACUUCUGGUGGUUCGGGUUGACGCUGUUCUUCGUGGUGCUAGGCUCUUUCUCCGUGCAGGUGUUCAGCUUCCGAUGGUUCGUGCACGACUUCGGAACCGACGAGGGUUCGUCGGCGGCGGCUGCCGGCGGCGGCGGACCGGGCUCCGGCGUCGGUGCGGCAAACUGCUCCCACAUGGACGGGAACAAGCUGCUGAGCGGCUCGGCCUCGCACGGGGACGUAACCGCCACCACCACGCAGCCGUCCACACCUCAGAGGCAGGCGUCGACCGCCAGCAGGAACACCAUGACCAACAGCAACGCCAGCAACGUGGGGAUGAGCCGGAGUAAAAAGCGCUCGGCCUCGUACUCCUGCUUCGUUUGGGUCUCCCAGUCCCUCCUCCACAUCCUCCAACUGGGCCAGAUCUGGAGGUACGUCCACAGCAUCUACCUGGGCGUGCGGAGCCGACGCUGCGGGGAGCGGGAGCGCUGGCGCUACUACUGGAGGAUGGUGUACGAGUUUGCGGACGUGAGCAUGCUGCACCUGCUGGCCACCUUCCUGGAGUCCGCCCCCCAGCUGGUGCUGCAGCUCUGCAUCGUCAUCCAGACACACAAGCUUCAGGCCGUGCAAGGCAUCACCGCGGCAGCCUCCCUGGUGUCUCUAGCCUGGGCUCUGGCCUCGUACCAGAAGGCGCUCCGGGCCUCCCGGGACGACAAGAAGCCCGUCAGCUACCUGGCCGUGGUCAUCCAGUUCUGCUGGCACUUCUUCACCAUCGCGGCGCGCGUCAUCACCUUCGCGCUCUUCGCAUCCGUGUUCCAGCUGUACUUCGGCAUCUUCAUCGUGCUGCACUGGUGCGUCAUGACCUUCUGGAUCGUCCACUGCGAGACCGACUUCUGCAUCAGCAAGUGGGAGGAGAUUGUGUUCGACAUGGUGGUCGGCAUCAUCUACAUCUUCUCCUGGUUCAACGUCAAGGAGGGCCGCACCAGAUACCGCCUGUUCACGUACUACCUGGUGAUCCUGGUGGAGAACGCCACGCUCAGCACCCUGUGGUACCUCUACCGCGCGCCGCACGCCACCGACGCCUUCGCCGUGCCCGCGCUCUGCGUCAUCUUCAGCUCCUUCCUCACCGGCGUGGUCUUCAUGCUCAUGUACUACGCCUUCUUCCACCCCAACGGCCCGCGCUUCGGCCGCUCCCCCAGCGGCCAGGCGCUCAGCCUGGACCCCUCCGCCGCGCAGUUCUCCGCGCUGCCACCGGAGGGCGCCACCAACUCGCUGCGCUCCAACCGGGAGCGCAGCGCCACGCUGGAGCGCGACCUGGCCAAGCACUCGGAGCGCGACGGCUGCAUGCCCGUGUUCCAGGUGCGGCCCACCGCCGCCUCCACGCCCUCGUCGCGGGCGCCGCGGCUCGACGAGACGGUGGUCCGCAUCGACCUCUGCCGCAACCGCUACCCGGCCUGGGAGAGGCACGUCCUGGACCGCAGCAUCCGCAAGGCCAUCCUGGCCAUCGACUGCUCGCCGGCGCCGCCCCGCCUGCAGUACAAGGACGACGGCACCGUGCAGGAGCGGCUGGAGUACGAGACCACCCUGUAGCCCCGCCCGGCCAGACCCCCAGCGGACCAAUCAGAACCCAUUAUUCACGGCGGCGGCGAAAGGGAAAUUAAUUCCGGGGGUAGGCGGGGGGGCAAA